UAACCAACAAACCUCUCCCCCUGUCUCUCUCCCCAUCUCCCAUUUCCCCACUCCUCCUCCCACAAAAAAAGGGAGAAAAAACAAACACCCCACCCAGCAACACCUUACUCUCUCAAAUCAUCCGCCGGAAACGCAGCAGCCCAAUGAGCGUUCCAAGGAUUGGUAACGGUACCCAAGCUUGCGAGGCUUGCAAAUACCAACGUAGAAAAUGCGCCCCUGACUGCAUUCUCGCCCCUUAUUUUCCUCACGGUCGCCAGCGCCAGUUCCUCAACUGCCAUAAAUUGUUUGGGGUCAGCAACAUCACCAAGAUCAUCCGCAACCUCCACCCUCCUGACAAGGACGAGGCCAUGCGCACCAUCAUUUUCCAGUCUGACGUCCGCGCCUCCGACCCCGUCGGCGGUUGCUACCGUAUCAUCCGUGACCUCCAGCGCCAGAUCGAGUACACCAAGGCGGAGCUCGACCUUGUCCUCCAUCACUUGGCCAUAUGCCGCGCCACCCACCAACAGCAACAGGCCAGCAUACCGGAAUCCCCAUCGUCCAUUUCCAUUGAUCCUGAUCCUUUGAGUUCGUAUUACCAUCAUCAGCAGCAUCAUCUUCUUCAUCCCCAUCCUCAUGAUUACGUGGUGCAACAAAAGCAGAACCAGGAUAUCAAUGCAUGGGUCAUGCAUGAUGUCGAUUCUUUGCACGUAAAAGACGGCGGGUUUGUUGAUGUUGAUGAUAUUAAGCCGCUUCUUGAUAUCAAUGGGGAUGGUGAUGAUGGCGUCGAUGUCGAUCACAGAAGCGAUGAAGUGGUUUUGAAGGAAGGCAGAGGCAUACUGAAGGAAGACAAUGACUCCAUUCAACAUGCUCAAGAUCAUGAUCUAAAGGGUGCAGCUACAUUGUUUACACUCACAAACUGUAAUGCCUAAUUGAAUCUGUCAUUCUCUCUUGUAUCCCCUCUUUGUGUUAGUAUUAGAUUUAGUAAACAGAUUGCAUAAAGAGCAAUGGCCCAUCUUUAUUUGCAUUGAAAUUUUGAUUGUCUCCCUCUGAUUAUGGCUCUGAUCAUUUCAUUAUUUGAGAAAAAACCAGUCUUACAUACCUAUAAAUAUGUGGUAAAAAUGCAAUAACUCAUGAGCAUGUCCAUAAGGAAUGGAGAAACUCUUAAGUUCUACCUGUACCCAAGCAAUAUCGAUCUCUGUUCUUCAUCUAUGUCGGGAAUAUAGCCUUCUACCUCCAUUUGAAGACCUAGAUCCUUGAGGAUCCUGUAAACUUCUUCCAAUUCUGCAUGCUGGGUGUUGCCUGCUGAAAACAUGUAAACCUUCUUCUUCACCUGAAUCCAACUCUGGCCUGGGGUUUUCUUUAGACCCUUUGUCUUUGCUGAGAUUCUGACCUUUGCAGAAUCCUCCCAUCUCCCGGACGCAGCAUAAAUAUUUGAGAGCAGCAUGUAGCUCCCUGCUAUUUCUGAGUUGAGAUUAAAGAUCUGAGAGGCAGUUUCCUCUGCCACUUCUGUGUUUUUAUGCAUCCUGCAGGAGUUCAGCAGAGCUCCCCAAACACAAGCGUUGGGUUCCACUGGCAUGCUCUUCACUACCUUGCUUGCCUCCUGUAGAAGCCCAGCUCGGCCAAGAAGAUCCACCAUACAAGCAUAGUGCUCCAUCUGGGGCUCAACCCUGAACUCUUUGAUCAUCUUAUCAAAGAGUUCACGGCCCUCAGCGACAAGCCCAGCAUGACUACAUGCUGAAAGGACAGCAACAAAAGUGACCCCAUCUGGCUCAAAGCCAUCUUUAAUCAUCUGAUCAAAAGUUCUUAUAGCAUUCUCACCAAGUCCAUGUAUGCCAUACCCUGCAACCAUAGUGUUCCAAGAGAUCAAAUCCUUAUUCUCAAUUUUCUCAAAUACCAAAUUCCCUUCCUUGAAACUUCCACUUUUUGUGUACAUAUUAAUCAAUCCAUUCCCCACCAAAAUGUUUCCAUCCAUCAAAGAUCUGACUACAUGGCCAUGGAUCUCCCUACCAAGAUGCAGUGCUGCUAACUCUGCACAAACUGAUAAAACACUGGCAAUUGUCACAGAAUUUGCCUUUACUUUAGCAAGCUGCAUUCUUCGAAAGAGUUCAAGGGCCUCCUCCCCUUGUCCUUUGGAAGCAAAUCCUCCAAUGACAGCACUCCAACUUACCACAUUGGGCCUCACCAUCGGAUACUCAUCUGUCUUCUCCAGCUGCAAAAAUAUUGCAAAAGCCUCAUCACACCAACCCAAAUCUGCAUAUGAUGAUAUCAGAGCAUUCCAACUCACUAUAUUCUUGGUUUUGAUUUCUAGAAACAGAAUUCGGGCAGCAUUUACAUUUCCAUGUUUCCCAUACAGGCAUAUAAGGGAGUUUUUCACAAACAAGUAGUUUUCAAAUCCACCCUUCACAACAUAUCCAUGGAUCACCUUGCCCUCAUCAAAAGCAGCCAAAUCAACAGAGACUGAUAACACCACAGCAAGUGCUUCAGCAGUAGCCCCAAUUCCCCUCAUCCUCAUCCUACCAAACAACUCCAUUGUUUCGACAUGUUGGCCACACCGAGCAUGACUCGACAACAGGGAAGUCCAUGUCACCAAAUUGGGCUCCAGCCCUGCAGACCCCAUCAUCCGAAACAUCUCAGAAGCACCAUGACAAUCAUAAUUAAGUGCAUAACCCGAAACCAUAGUGUUCCAAGAAACACAACUCCUGACAGCCAUUCUCUCAAACACUUUGCGCGCAUCGUCCAUUCUCCCAAUCUUCCCAUACAUUCCCAUCAAUUCAUUCCCCACAUGAAGAUUCCACUGAAACCCCAUUUCCACAACAUGCCCAUGAACGCUCCUGCACAAUUUACGACUACCCAUCAAAGCGCAAGCCCUUAUAACCAAAGGAAAAGUAAACCCAUCAGCCGAAACCCCUAGCUUUCGCAUUCUACAAUAAAUUUCAAGAGCUUCUUCACAGUACCCAUGAGCCACAUUAGCCCUCAAAAUUGAAUUCCACAAAAGCAGAUUCGAAAAGCACUCAAUUGGGCUAACUUCAAACACUCUCUGGGCAUCACUGACCAGCCCAAAACCUGCAUAAACCGACACGACCCGGGCGGCCAAGAACGCAGAUCGAUGCGAGCCAGUGACGAUGAUUUGGGAGUGAAUUUGUUGGGAAAGGUGAGAUUUGGAGCAUUGUUGAAGCAAAUCAUUGAAGAAAUCAAGAACAUCAUUGUUGGGUUGGUGAUGGAUGAUUGAGAUUGAACGGCUCAGAUUUGGUAGGAAUGAGAUAGAGAUGAGGCGCCGAGAAGAACCAUGAAGCAUUGAAGGUUCAGAGGCUCAAAUUUUUGAAGCCGUCAGUCAUCAGAUUUGGCGCCAAAUACAAUAACAGGGGAAAUAGGCUAAAAGCUUUUAAAAGCACAUUUUAGGCUUUAGAGGUGUUUGGUUACAUAGAAA